ACGCAUAUGACGUCUCUGGCCAUUCUCCAGUAAGAUCCCUCUUGAACCCUGCUUUCUUGUGCUACUUAUUCCCGUUGAACGUAUCUUACCCCGCGUUAUGAUGCUCGGUUUACUGUGAUAUAUACCCGUUUCUUCUGCCCGUUGGGGUCCCCAGAAUUUCAAACCUGAACUUAUCCAUCGGAGAACUACGAUACUGCCUACUAAACACGACUAAACUCGAAACAGCAACUCAUAGCAGCAAGAUAUCCAAGAUGGUCAUCGCACAGAUUACCCAAGGUAUCUCCUCUACAGGCCGCUCGAUUAUACAGAACCGGAAUAAGUGGUCUGCUCCUCUUGACAAAGCAAAGCGCAAAGCCAUCCUCCUUCGACGCUCUCUCAUAGCCCACCAGCCUGUUUGGUUUGCAGGUGGAGGUGCGGCGUAUACAACCGUGGGCGCGGUCUAUUUGACGUUACGGUAUUUGCGGCGGAUUCGGUGAUGGCUUACGACAGAUGAACAGGGAGGGUAACUUGGGAGGAAUACUUGUCCACCGGAAGGGGAUAUAGUCAUACUUGGGAUCAGUUGAUAUGGCAUGGUCGAUAUCAGAAUCAGGACCUGCGGAUAUGGUCUCGUGUACAUAUUGUCCACUGCGGGGAACUGGUGAAACCAUGACACCAUAUUCAAUAUUCUGUGGAACUGUUGCACUAUUUUGAUCUGAUGAUAAAGUAUCUCAGCUGCUCAAAUGUGACGUUUCAUCGUGCCAUAUUCUUGGGAAGAUGUAUCAUUAGAUGCUGGAAUUACACCGGGCUCCCCGUACUCUAGAAAGCUGGUUCCAACUGCCUUUCACAAUGGUCGAGUUGAAGCAUU